GUCGCUGUUCAGUUCAGUCUGCCCAGAGAUUCGGUCGAGUGAAGAACGCGUUCCGCGGACAACAUCAAACAAUAUAAUUCAAUACAAACGACGACCAAAAAUCUGAAAUCAAAUCAACAAAAACGUUAAAAGUGAAAACGCCAAUACAACAGACAUUGAGCAUUAUUUCGGUAUUUUAAAUUUUUUUAAUAGUAACGAACUCAGGAACUCGCAAACGACCAAUUAGAAAAUAAUAAUAAGAAAGUCAAUCAUGUCAAGCAGUUGGCCCGAAAAUGUUGGAAUCCGCGCCAUUGAGGUGAUGUUUCCCUCCCAAUAUGUGGACCAAACGGAAUUGGAACAGUUCGAUGGCGCCUCGGCGGGCAAAUACACAAUUGGUCUGGGCCAGGCCAAAAUGGGAUUCUGUUCGGAUCGUGAGGAUGUCAACUCACUGUGCCUAACGGUUGUCAGUCGUCUUUUAGAACGUCAUCAUAUUAAGCAUACGGAAAUCGGACGCCUUGAGGUCGGCACUGAAACGAUAGUCGACAAAUCGAAAUCGGUGAAAUCGGUGCUAAUGCAAUUAUUUGCCGAGAGUGGCAACACUGACAUCGAGGGCAUUGAUACGACAAAUGCGUGUUACGGCGGAACGGCGGCGCUAUUUAAUGCCAUCAACUGGAUUGAAUCCUCCAGCUGGGAUGGACGUUAUGCUCUGGCCGUGUGUGCGGAUAUUGCGGUGUAUGCCAAGGGAGCAGCUCGUCCCACGGGUGGAGCAGGAGCAAUUGCCAUGCUGAUUGGUCCGCAGGCUCCGUUGGUUUUGGAGCGUGGUCUCCGGGCCACACACAUGGAGCAUGCUUAUGAUUUCUACAAGCCUGAUCUGAGUUCCGAAUAUCCCACGGUUGAUGGCAAACUCUCCAUACAGUGUUAUCUAUCCGCUUUGGACACCUGCUAUCGUCUCUAUCGCCACAAGUUUGAGAAACAGCAGCCGAAGCAUGCUCAACUGGGUCUGGACAACUUUGAUGCCAUCUUGUUCCACACACCAUUCUGCAAGCUGGUCCAAAAGUCCGUCGGUCGUCUCAGUUUCAACGAUUUUCUGCUGAGCAGCGAACAGCAGCGUGUGGAGCAGUUUCCGGGACUGGAGCGGUUCAAUAACGCCACUCUGGAGUCCACCUACUUCGAUCGGGAUGUGGAGAAGGCCUUCCUCACCCAAUCCGCUGAGGUGUUCGAGUCCAAGACGAAAAAGUCGCUGCUGCUCGCUAAUCAGGUGGGCAACAUGUACACGCCGUCCGUGUACUCGGGAUUGGUUUCCCUGCUGAUCAGUGUGCCGGCCGUUCAACUCGCUGGCAAGCGGAUUGGAGUCUUUUCCUAUGGCUCCGGUUUGGCUGCCUCGAUGUAUUCCAUAAAAGUCACUGAAGAUGCGGCGAUCUUUGAGAAAUUUGUUGCCAAACUGGAUUAUGUGCUGCCAUUGCUGGGAGCCCGGGAGAAAGUUGUGCCCGAGGAGUUCUCAGCCCUGAUGGAGAUACGGGAGAAGAACAAUCAUGCGGCGCCGUAUACGCCUACUGGCAGCAUCAGCGCCUUGUUUCCGGGCACGUAUUACCUUAAGGAUGUGGAUGCACUGCAUCGACGCAGCUACGAACGCACAGCGACUAUCAGUAAUGGUGUGCAUUAGUCAAACAAACAGAAAACAAAAGAAUUCGCAGGAUUCGGAUUCGGUUUCUACUCGCUUCACUUUAUCAACUACUUAACUUGACAAUAAACCUGCGACUACACAUUUAACUGUAGCUGCUAACUAUUUAAAUAUGAUUUACAUCUGAUGUUAUUGCUGUAGAGCUGAAGCUAUCAGUAUACAUAAGCUUACUUGGGAAGAGUUCUUUUCAUUUCUAAACUCUUAUCUUAUUUGGUCUAUCUGCAAUAUUUAUUUAAUGGCCUGGCAAAUUAUUAUCAUGUUCAUAAAGUCUCUUUUAAGCUUGUUAAUUAAUUGAAUUUGAAUUCCUAAUUUAUAUAUCAUGCCUCAACGGAACAAACAGUAAAAGCUCUCUUUUUUUCAACAUUAGUGUCGGAACUUGAAUCUAUGCCUAUAAAUGUACAAUAUUUAAAUGUAUUUAUACAAUAUGCAUAGUACAAUUGUUUGUAAAGUGCUCUAAAUAAACAACAAAUUCAUUAUGA